GGGGGCGCGGAGCUCGUCACGCGGCGCCACCGUCACAGCACCAGGAGCAGCAAGCAAGCAGCAUCAUUUCCAGGCUCCGGGACCCUCUCCGGUGCCAGUGCCCAUGCCGGGCCAUAGCUAGUGACUCCUGAGAGGUGACUCUGCCCUCUCUGGGGCAACCACAGCUGCUGAGUUUACCAACAAACUCCACAGAAAUGGCCGGGGCCUCUGUGAAGGUGGCGGUGCGUGUGCGCCCCUUCAACUCCCGGGAAAUGAGCCGGGACUCCAAGUGCAUCAUUCAGAUGUCAGGAAGCACCACCACCAUUGUCAACCCCAAACAGCCCAAGGAGACGCCCAAGAGCUUCAGCUUUGAUUACUCCUACUGGUCACAUACCUCGCCCGAGGACAUCAACUAUGCCUCUCAGAAGCAGGUCUACAGGGACAUCGGCGAAGAGAUGCUACAGCAUGCCUUUGAGGGCUACAAUGUGUGCAUCUUUGCCUAUGGGCAGACAGGGGCUGGCAAGUCCUACACCAUGAUGGGCAAGCAAGAGAAAGACCAGCAAGGCAUCAUCCCACAGCUCUGUGAGGACCUCUUCUCUCGAAUCAAUGACACAACCAAUGACAACAUGUCCUACUCCGUGGAGGUCAGCUACAUGGAGAUUUAUUGUGAACGGGUCCGUGACCUCCUGAACCCCAAGAACAAAGGCAACCUGCGUGUGAGGGAGCACCCUCUGCUGGGGCCCUAUGUGGAGGACCUCUCCAAGCUGGCUGUAACCUCCUACAAUGACAUCCAAGACCUCAUGGACUCAGGGAACAAGGCCAGGACUGUGGCGGCCACAAACAUGAACGAGACCAGCAGCCGUUCUCAUGCUGUCUUCAACAUCAUCUUCACCCAGAAGCGCCAUGAUGCAGAGACCAACAUUACCACAGAGAAAGUGAGCAAAAUCAGCCUGGUGGACCUGGCUGGCAGCGAACGAGCCGACUCCACAGGAGCCAAGGGCACACGACUCAAGGAGGGAGCGAACAUCAACAAGUCUUUGACCACCCUGGGAAAGGUCAUCUCUGCUCUGGCUGAAAUGGACUCUGGACCCAACAAGAACAAGAAAAAGAAGAAGACAGAUUUCAUCCCUUACAGAGACUCCGUAUUGACCUGGCUUCUCCGGGAAAACCUGGGUGGCAACUCAAGGACAGCUAUGGUGGCAGCCCUGAGCCCUGCGGACAUCAACUAUGAUGAGACCCUUAGCACACUGAGAUAUGCAGACCGGGCCAAGCAGAUCCGCUGUAAUGCCGUUAUCAAUGAAGAUCCCAACAAUAAGCUCAUUCGAGAACUGAAGGAUGAGGUGACCAGGCUGCGAGACCUGCUGUAUGCCCAAGGUCUUGGAGAUAUCACUGACAUGACCAAUGCCCUGGUAGGCAUGAGCCCCUCGUCUUCGCUCUCAGCCCUGUCCAGUCGUGCGGCCUCCGUGUCCAGUCUCCACGAGCGUAUCUUGUUUGCUCCAGGAAGUGAGGAGGCCAUUGAAAGGCUGAAGGAAACAGAGAAGAUCAUCGCUGAACUGAAUGAGACCUGGGAAGAGAAGCUGCGGCGGACAGAAGCCAUCCGGAUGGAGAGGGAAGCCUUGCUGGCUGAGAUGGGUGUGGCCAUGAGGGAAGACGGCGGCACCUUGGGUGUGUUUUCACCCAAAAAGACACCUCAUCUCGUCAACCUGAAUGAGGAUCCUUUGAUGUCCGAAUGCCUCCUCUACUACAUCAAAGAUGGAGUCACCAGAGUGGGCAGAGAAGAUGCAGAGAGGCGGCAAGACAUCGUCCUGAGUGGGCACUUCAUCAAGGAGGAGCACUGCAUCUUCCGGAGUGACUCCCGAGGAGGCGGAGAAGCCGUGGUGACCCUGGAGCCCUGUGAAGGAGCAGACACAUAUGUCAAUGGCAAGAAAGUCACUGAGCCCAGCAUCCUUCGGUCAGGAAACCGCAUCAUCAUGGGGAAAAGCCACGUGUUCCGGUUUAACCAUCCUGAGCAGGCCCGCCAGGAGCGCGAGCGGACACCCUGUGCGGAGACACCUGCUGAGCCAGUGGACUGGGCCUUCGCCCAGCGUGAACUGCUGGAGAAGCAAGGCAUCGACAUGAAGCAGGAGAUGGAGCAGAGGCUUCAGGAGCUGGAGGACCAGUACCGGCGGGAACGGGAGGAGGCCACAUACCUGCUGGAGCAGCAGAGGCUGGACUAUGAGAGUAAGCUGGAAGCCCUACAGAAGCAGAUGGACUCCAGGUACUAUCCAGAGGUUAACGAGGAGGAGGAAGAGCCAGAGGAUGAAGUCCAGUGGACAGAGAGGGAGUGUGAGCUGGCAUUGUGGGCCUUCCGGAAAUGGAAGUGGUACCAGUUUACUUCUCUACGGGACUUGCUGUGGGGCAAUGCCAUCUUCCUGAAAGAGGCCAACGCCAUCAGCGUGGAGCUAAAGAAGAAGGUCCAGUUCCAGUUUGUCCUCCUCACAGACACUCUGUACUCCCCACUGCCGCCAGACCUGCUGCCUCCAGAAGCUGCCAAAGACCGAGAGACCCGGCCCUUCCCCAGAACCAUUGUUGCAGUGGAGGUCCAGGACCAGAAGAAUGGGGCCACCCACUACUGGACGCUUGAGAAGCUCAGGCAACGCCUGGAUCUGAUGCGGGAGAUGUACGACAGAGCGGCAGAGGUGCCCUCCAGCGUCGUUGAGGACUGUGACAACGUGGUGACCGGUGGAGACCCCUUCUAUGACCGCUUUCCCUGGUUCCGGCUGGUGGGCAGUUCAGUCAUCUCUGGCUGCAACAGCUACCCUCUUCUCAACACAUGCAUGAGCGAGCGCAUGGCUGCUCUCACCCCCUCCCCCACCUUCUCAAGCCCCGACUCCGACACCACCACCACCGAGCCUGCUGAGGAGCAGAGCGUGGGGGAGGAGGAGGAGGAGGAGGAGGAGGAGGAGGAGGAGGACCUGGAGGACGACGUCUUUCCGGAGCACACGCUGUGCGACGGCCGGGACCCGUUUUACGACCGGCCCCCCCUGUUCAGUUUAGUAGGAAGGGCCUUCGUAUACCUGAGCAACCUGCUGUACCCUGUGCCGCUGGUGCACCGCGUGGCCAUCGUCAGCGAAAAGGGAGAAGUGAAAGGCUUCCUCCGUGUGGCGGUGCAGGCCAUCUCAGCUGAUGAAGAGGCUCCGGAUUAUGGCUCAGGUGUCCGUCAGUCAGGAACUGCCAAAAUCUCCUUUGAUGACCAGCAUUUUGAAAAGUUUCAGUCUGAGUCCUGCCCUGUGGUAGGGAUGUCCCGCUCAGGGACCUCCCAGGAGGAGCUGCGCAUUGUAGAAGGCCAGGGUCAGGGUGCUGAUGCUGGGCCUUCAGCGGAUGAGGUCAACAACAACACCUGCUCAGCUGUGCCUCCCGAAGGCCUCCUAGAUAGCCCCGAGAAGGCUGCCUUGGAUGGACCCCUGGACACAGCCCUGGACCACCUCCGUCUAGGCAGCACCUUCACCUUCCGUGUGACAGUCCUGCAGGCGUCCAGUAUCUCUGCUGAAUAUGCCGACAUCUUCUGCCAGUUCAACUUUAUCCACCGCCAUGAUGAGGCCUUCUCCACUGAGCCCCUGAAGAACACCGGCAGGGGACCCCCUCUUGGCUUCUACCAUGUCCAAAACAUUGCAGUGGAGGUGACCAAGUCCUUCAUCGAAUACAUCAAGAGCCAGCCCAUUGUGUUUGAGGUCUUUGGCCACUACCAGCAGCAUCCAUUCCCACCUCUUUGCAAGGAUGUGCUCAGCCCCCUGAGGCCCUCACGUCGCCACUUCCCCAGGGUCAUGCCGUUGUCCAAGCCAGUACCUGCCACUAAGCUCAGCACGAUGACACGACCUUCCCCGGGGCCCUGCCACUGCAAAUAUGACCUGCUGGUCUACUUCGAGAUCUGCGAGCUGGAAGCCAAUGGCGACUACAUCCCUGCUGUGGUAGACCACCGUGGCGGCAUGCCAUGUAUGGGGACCUUCCUUCUCCACCAGGGCAUCCAGAGACGGAUAACUGUGACACUGUUGCAUGAGACAGGAAGCCACAUCCGCUGGAAGGAAGUCCGAGAGCUGGUUGUGGGUCGCAUCCGAAACACUCCAGAAACUGACGAAUCUCUGAUUGACCCCAACAUCUUGUCCCUCAAUAUCCUCUCAUCAGGAUACGUCCACCCAGCCCAGGAUGACCGGCAGUUUCUUGAUUCGGACAUACCUAGGACCUUCUACCAGUUUGAAGCAGCCUGGGAUAGCUCCAUGCAUAACUCCCUCCUGCUGAAUCGUGUCACCCCUUACCGGGAGAAAAUCUACAUGACCCUCUCUGCCUACAUUGAGAUGGAGAACUGCACCCAGCCAGCUGUCAUCACCAAGGACUUCUGCAUGGUUUUCUACUCUCGUGACGCCAAGCUACCCGCCUCACGCUCCAUCCGCAACCUGUUUGGCAGUGGGAGCCUGCGGGCCACAGAAGGCAACCGUGUGACUGGCGUGUAUGAGCUCAGCCUUUGCCACGUGGCCGAUGCAGGCAGCCCAGGGAUGCAACGCCGGCGCAGGCGGGUGUUGGACACAUCAGUUGCCUACGUCCGGGGUGAGGAGAACCUAGCUGGCUGGAGGCCCCGGAGUGACAGCCUGAUCCUGGACCACCAGUGGGAACUGGAGAAACUGAGCCUCCUACAGGAGGUGGAAAAGACACGGCACUAUCUGCUCCUACGGGAGAAGCUGGAGACCACCCAACGGCCUGGCCCUGAGGCACUGUCCCCAGCCUCCAGUGAGGACUCGGAGUCUCGAAGCUCCUCAGGGGCAUCUUCCCCGCUGUCAGCUGAGGGUCAGCAGUCACCUCUGGAGGCUCCCAACGAGAGGCAGAGGGAGCUGGCAGUCAAGUGCUUACGACUCCUCAUGCACACAUUCAACAGGGAGUACACUCACAGCCAUGUCUGUAUCAGCGCCAGCGAGAGCAAGCUCUCUGAGAUGUCUGUCACCCUGAUGCGGGACCCAUCCAUGUCUCCUCUGGGUGCAGCCACGCUUACUCCCUCUUCCACUUGCCCCUCUCUGAUCGAAGGACGCUAUGGUGCCUCUGAUGUGAGGACUCCCCAGCCCUGCUCGCGGCCCGCCAGCCCAGAGCCCGAGCUCCUGCCAGAAAUUGACUCCAAGAAAACCCCCUCUCCUGCUCGGGCAACAGAGGCAGAGAAGGAGCCCCAGCGCCUUCUGGUCCCCGACAUCCAAGAGAUCCGAGUCAGCCCAAUCGUCUCCAAGAAGGGGUAUUUGCACUUCCUGGAGCCACACACAGCUGGCUGGGCCAAGCGCUUUGUGGUAGUAAGGCGUCCCUAUGCCUACAUGUACAACAGUGACAAGGACACCGUGGAAAGAUUUGUGCUCAACCUCUCCACUGCCCAGGUGGAGUACAGCGAGGACCAGCAGGCCAUGCUUAAGACACCCAACACAUUCGCUGUGUGCACUGCACACCGAGGCAUCCUGCUACAGGCCAACAGUGACAAGGACAUGCAUGACUGGCUGUAUGCCUUCAACCCGCUCCUGGCUGGGACCAUUCGGUCCAAGCUCUCCCGAAGGAGAUCUGCGCAGAUGCGGGUCUGAGCUGAAAGCCUUCCGGGCGGACUUCGGGUGGCCCAGACCACUCACUCCCCUGUCCUUACCAUCUGUCCUGUCAUCUGCCACUCAAGCCCUUCCCCCACCAGGAGACCUGUGCUGGGCCCAGCCAGCAAUCCCACCUCUGGCCGGAGGCCUAUGCCACAGGACAAAUUGUGCCCCUGGAGGUUGUGUGUGUUAUUUCUUCCAAAAUUGCUCUGGUGGGAACUUUGGAAUGCCAGGAAGGUCAGAGGGCACAAGACCCAGGGUAUUGCCGCUGUUCUAAUAUUUUUUUAAGCAUAGACAGACUUAUAAUUAAUAUACAUUAGUUAGUGGCGUUGAAACAGUCCUCUGAGACAUUAACUAUAAGACUGUGCUCUGUUUAUAAGUAUUUAUUUCUAAUUGCCUCCAGAUAAGGCUGUAAGGUUCAUGUGGAGCUCCUCUCCCCCUCCCCGUCCCCAAACACACUGCCCUGACCCCAGUCUGGCCUUGUUGGUUUCCACAUGUCUCCAGCCUGCCAGGAGCAGAGUGGAGGAGGGGUUUGAGCAAGGCAUAGCUCCUCACAGCUGGCACAGGAUAGCCCCACCCUGGCCAGUUUUAUCUGAGAUCCACCUUAGCAGGGUAUGUGUAUGAAUGAGUGUCUGCAAGUCCUGGGACUUUGGCAACUCAGAAAUUGUUGUGCAGUACUUCUGAGGGGACAGUCCCCAAGUUGGAGCGCCAAGGGUAGUGCAGGCAGCUUUGAGGAGGAUCAGGUGAGGUGUAUGGAGGAAGAUGCACCCCUGGUAGGCAGUGCAGACUGGCUCCAGCUGGGCAUAUAC